GCCAGGCCCCGCCCCCUCAGCCCAGCCGCUGUCCACUCAGGAAGGACCGGGCAGCCGCGGUGCACUCACUGCGAGCGGGGUCUGUCACCCGGCAGCUGCGAGGAGCCAGGACGCCAGCGACAGGAGGCCAGGGAUCGAGUGAACUCUGACGAGACCUUCGCAAGAUGUUACCUCAACACCUGAAGCAGAUCCGAGUCCUCGUGCUCAAUGACCAGGAGGAUUUACAGAGGACUCUGUUCAGACUGGAACAAGGUUUUGAGCUGCAGUUCCGUCUGGGUCCGAGUCUGCAGGGCAGGAGGAUUCUGUUGCGCACCAACUACCCACUUGAAGGGCAGCGCUUUGAACGGAACAACUUCCGCGUCUUGGCGUGGAACUACCCGACAGGAAGGGAGGAUGACUCUGAUAAAUUCUGCUCUCUGGACCUCAAAGUCGCUGGGUCCUAUCAGUACUACUUUGGAUAUGGGGGCACCGAGCGCUCCGGAGCAGGAUACAUCGUGGUUGACCCUGUCCUUCGUGUUGGAGUAGAGAACAAUGUCCUGCCACUGGACUGCAUCACCAUCCAGACCUACCUGUCCAAAUGUUUGGGGCACCUGGACGACUGGACCGACAGGCUGAGAGUGGCCAAGGAGUCCGGAUACACCAUGAUCCACCUAACUCCUCUGCAGACUCUGGGAGAGUCCAGGUCCUGCUACUCUCUAGCGGACCAGCUGACCUAUAGCCCUGAGUUCAGUCCAGAGGGUCAGAGCUACAGCUGGACAGAUGUGGGGGCGCUGGUGGAGAAGAUGAGGACAGAAUGGAACAUGCUCUGUAUCACCGAUGUGGUGUAUAAUCACACUGCUGCUAACAGUGUGUGGAUCAGAGAACAUCCCGAGUGUGGUUACAACCUGGUGAACUCCCCUCACCUGCGUCCAGCCUGGGUCCUCGACAGAGCCAUCUGCCAUUUGACCUCAAGGGUCGCAGACGGACGCUACGAGGCUAAGGGCCUCCCCGCUGACAUCACCAGUGAGAGCCAUCUGAAUGCCAUCCGCACUGUGCUGUGGGAGGACGUGUAUCCUCAGAUCAAAUUGUGGGAGUUCUUCCAGGUCUCAGUGAGCAGUGCUGUGGAGCAGUUCAGAAUCCUCCUACAGGACGGCACCAAGCCAGACCAUAGUAAGACUGGAGGGAAGAAGGGCCUCAAGAUCAUCCAGGACCCGCAGUACCGUCGUUAUGGCAACACAGUGGACAUGGAUUCUGCUCUGGAGACAUUUGUACCUCACAGCCCAUCCCCACAGCACAUUGAGGAGUGCUGUGAUUGGCUGAGACGGAAGCUGAGCGAGCUGAAUGAGGAACAGCACCACAUCGUGAAGCAGCAUCAGGAGCAGGCUGCCAACUGCAUUGUGGGAAAUGUAUUGUAUGAGCGCUUGGCCGACCACGGUCCCAAGCUGGGUCCUGUCAGCAGGAACAAGCCUCUGGUUACCAGGUACUUCACCUUCACGUAUCAGGACCUGACUCUGGAGCAGGAGCUGCAGCUGCUGGACCAGCCAGACGAGACCUGUCACUUCCUGGCUCACAAUGGUUGGGUCAUGGCCGAUGAUCCACUGCGCAACUUUGCUGAGCUGGGCUCGAACGUGUACCUGCGUCGGGAGCUGAUCUGCUGGGGCGACAGUGUGAAGCUGCGUUAUGGCCGCGGCCCGGAGGACUGUCCGUACCUGUGGGCCCACAUGAGGAAGUACACUGAGAUCACUGCCAAACAUUUCCAUGGAGUCAGACUGGACAACUGCCACUCGACCCCUCUGCAUGUGGCUGAGUACAUGCUGGAUGUGGCCAGAACUGUGUGUCCUAACCUGUAUGUGGUGGCUGAACUGUUCACCGGCAGUGAGGAGCUGGAUAAUGUCUUCGUUACCAGGCUAGGGAUCACAUCACUGAUACGAGAGGCCAUGUCUGCUGGCGACAGCCAUGAGGAGGGCCGACUCGUCUAUCGUUACGGGGGUGAGCCGGUAGGGGCCUUCGUUCAGCCCAGUCUCCGCCCACUCAUGCCCUCCAUCGCCCACGCCAUGUUCCUCGAUGUAACCCAUGACAACGAGUGUCCCAUACAGCUGCGCUCAGCGUUGGACUCUCUGCCCAGUUCUGCUAUUGUCUCUAUGGCCUGCUGUGCUACCGGCUCCACCAGAGGAUACGAUGAAUUAGUACCACAUCAGAUCUCUGUGGUGAAGGAGGAGCGUUUGUACCCCAAGUGGAACCCCUCGGCUCCACCCACCUCCGCUGGCGAGGUGGGGCCUCAGUCGGGCAUCAUAGCUGGGAAAGUGGCCCUCAACAAGCUGCACCAGGAACUGGCUGCACAGGGAUUCAUACAGGUGUACGUAGACCAGGUGGAUGCAGACGUUGUUGCAGUUACUCGUCACUGUCCCAGCACGCACCAGUCUGUUGUGUCAGUGUGCAGGACGGCCUUCUGGAAUCCCAAGACCCACCAGUACAACGCCAACGUCCCGCCCAUGUUCAUACCUGGGAAGAUCGAGGAAGUGGUGCUGGAGGCCCGGACAGUGGAGCGGCAUGCUGGGAGCUAUAAGAAGGAUGAGGCCUACAUCAAUGGCAUGUCAGAAUACACAGUGGAAAUAAAGGAACAUAUACCGUUACAGGAGAGCACAGUGGUGAAGCAGGGGGAGGUGACGUCGAAAGGUCGGUCGGAGUUUGUGCAGGAAAUCACCUUUCAGAAGUUAACACCUGGCAGUGUCAUCGCCUUCAGGAUCAGUUUGGACCCCACCGCUCAGACGAUGGUGGGGGUGCUGAGGUAUUAUCUGUCCCAGUUCAGCCCGAAGUACAGGAGAGGCAGCAUGGCAGACGAACACCCACCAGACGCUCUGCAGAGGCCUUUGGCUCAGCUGAUGUCCAGGCUGACGUUAGCGGACCUGAACUUCCUGCUGUUUCGCUGCGACUCCGAGGAACAGGAAGACGGUGGAGGCUGUUACAACAUCCCAGGGUGGGAGACCCUCAAAUAUGGUGGUCUCCAAGGUCUGAUGUCGGUGUUGGCCGAUGUCCGUCCCAACAACGACCUGGGACAUCCCGUGUGUGCAAACCUCCGACAAGGAGACUGGCUGAUCGAAUUUGUCUCCAACAGGCUGAUCAACCGAGAGGGACCUCUGGCACAGGUGGGUCAGUGGUUGGGAGCCAUGUUUAACUACCUGAAACACAUCCCACGCUACCUCAUCCCCUGCUACUUUGACGCCAUCCUGGUAUCAACCUACACCACAGCCCUGGACGCAACUUACAAUCUCAUGUCCAGUUUUGUCCAGAAUGGCUCCAGCUUUGUCCGCCACCUGGCACUGGGUUCAGUUCAGAUGUGCGGAGUGGGACGCUUCCUCGCCCUCCCUCCCCUCUCUGUGAAAAUCGAGGACGUCCCCUAUCGCAUCAGUCCGGUCACGGGCCAGAAGGAGCAGUGCUGCGUCUCCCUGGCUGCAGGUCUUCCUCAUUUCUCCUCUGGGAUUUUCCGAUGCUGGGGCAGAGACACUUUCAUCGCUCUCAGAGGCCUGAUGCUGCUCACUGGGAGAUACACCGAGGCUCGUAACAUCAUCCUGGCCUUUGCGGGGACACUGCGUCAUGGUUUGAUCCCAAACCUGCUCGGUGAGGGUCGUUGUGCCAGAUACAACUGCCGUGAUGCUGUAUGGUGGUGGCUGCAGUGCGUCCAGGACUACAGUACCCACGUUCCCCAAGGACAUGAAAUUCUCCGCUGCCCAGUGACACGCAUGUACCCGACUGAUGACUGUGAACCCUGCAAACCCGGAGAGGUGGAGCAGCCUCUGUAUGACGUCAUCCAGGAGGCGUUGCAGCGCCACCUAGAGGGGAUUUCCUUCCGAGAGAGAAAUGCUGGGGCCAAGAUAGACAUGAACAUGAAAGAUGAAGGAUUCAGCGUGGUUGCAAAGGUUGACCCAGCCACGGGCUUCGUUUCCGGAGGGAACCGCUUCAACUGCGGCACCUGGAUGGACAAAAUGGGAGAGAGCGAGCGAGCGAGGAACAAAGGCGUGCCUGCAACUCCGAGAGACGGAGCCGCUGUGGAGAUAGUUGGUCUCAGUAAGUCCGCUGUCCGCUGGGUGGUGGAACUCCACGCCAAGGGACUGUUCCCUUAUGACGGAGCCAAAGUACACAGAGACGGUAAAGAAUCGUUCGUCUCGUACUCCCAGUGGAACCAGCAGCUCCAUCAGGGGUUUGAAGCAGGCUUCUGGGUGUCUGGAGACCCGGAGGACCCCAACGAGCAGCACCCGGACCUGGUGCACAAGAAGAACAUCUACAAAGACAGCUGCGGGGCGUCCAGCCGCUGGUGCGACUACCAGCUCAGACCCAACUUCACCAUCGCCAUGGUGGUGGCUCCAGAGCUGUUUACAGUGGAGAGAGCCUGGGAGGCUCUGGAGGUGGCCCAGGACAAACUGCUGGGACCACUGGGAAUGAAGACACUUGACCCUGAUGACAUGGUGUACUGUGGCGUCUACGACAACGCACUGGACAACGACAACUACAAUCUGGCGAGAGGUUUCAACUACCACCAAGGCCCGGAGUGGCUGUGGCCGGUGGGCUACUUCCUGCGUGCCAAACUCUACUUUGCCAAGAAGCUGGGAGAGGAAACCUACUCGAGAACCGUGACCCUGGUGAAGAACGUUCUGUCACGGCAUUACACUCACCUGGAGAAGUCUCCCUGGAAGGGUCUGCCAGAGCUGACCAAUGAGAAUGGCCAGUACUGCCCAUUCAGCUGCGAGACCCAGGCCUGGUCUCUGGCCACUGUGCUGGAGGUCCUCUAUGACCUCUAGGUGACCUCGGCGUGGCCGCCGGCCUGUCCCCCCGACGUCACGGCGGAGGUCGCCGUGACCUCCCGACGUCAGGGGUUUCCGUGCUGCGUUCAUGUACAGAGGGUAAAAAGUGUGGAAACGUGUUUUUAGAAUGUGACAGAAGCCUCUGUGUUUUGACUUUUGAGUUGACGCUUUGCUUCUGAACAAUCACACUGGAGGUCAGUGAGUCAGAACAGCUCCUGUCUUUGUCCGAAGAGCUUAGAUUUGUAGUGUUUUAACUUGUUAAACUCUUCUUUACUUCUCAUGACAUCAUUAUGUGAAACCGGUGUUCUGUCAUGUUGUGAAACCAGAGGUGACCCGUUUAACAUAAACCACGACCUCACCUUGUUCAGACUCGUAACAGUGUAUCGUCUGUGUUCUCUUUCACACUGUGGCUUCACUUCAGUUUGUCCUCGACCUCAGUGGAAAAAGGUCACGAGGUCAAAGGUGUCAAGGACGAUUCGUAGGACUUAGGAAAGGAGAAUCCUGUUUAUCCCGCCUGAGCUGCUUUUUGUUCUUUCUUCUGUUUGCUGUGACGGUCCAACGUUUUCAGACCUGUGACCUGACCUCCUUGGGUCACCACGGGGUCAGGAGGUCGUUUAAAUCUAUUCUCUAAAGGUCACUCUUCCACCUGAUGCCUUCGUGCUCAUGUAACAAACAUCCCACACAAUUUGUCUUCCAGCCGUUUCCCCAUCUCACCCGUGUGUCUGUGUCCUCGUCGCUUGACUGUUCCUUUGUCCCGGAGAAUCUGCUCUGUGCGUGAAACGUGGUGGUGACGCAGUAGAUCUCUUCUUCUAGCCACUGAUGAUAUUAGUGACAUGAAACAUCAUUGUGUACUCUGAGAAUGUCCAACACAAACCGGUUAUUCUGCGCUCACACGUGUGUGUAGUGUUUGAGCUGCCCUGUCUCCAACUUGUGUAUUUAAAAUCCUCUUGACACAACA